CGACCAUGUCUGACCUGGAUGCUGACUUGUACGGAGACCUUUACGGCAAUGACGAGAACGACUUCACCAGUCCUGUAGACGCCUCGAAAGGAUCACCGAAAGAAGACGAGUUGGAAAGACUAGAAGACAUCCCGACCCCAACGCCUGCCUCAGAGACCGUAGAGACCACCAAGUCGCCCCCGGCGCAAACUAAAAGUCCAGCCGAACAACCGAAACCGAUACCAGCGUCGGCUUCAGCGCCACCUGUCGUGCCUUAUCCCACUCAGCAGAUACAAACGUAUGAGGAGAACAAGUACGACGACUCGCAUGUCAGCCGUAUGAACAACGCUGGUGGAGGCGUUGGAGGCCUUCACGCGGUCGGUGACCGGCCCGUCCGGCCCUCAGAAAUGAAAGACGAAGGCAAGAUGUUCAUCGGCGGUUUACACUGGGACACCACGGAUGAGGCGCUGAAGAGCUAUUUUGAGCAAUUCGGUAAAGUCGAUGCGUGCACGAUUAUGCGCGACGCCAACGGUCGCUCGCGAUGCUUUGCGUUUUUGACCUUCGAAGACCCGGCCUCGGUAAAUGCCGUGAUGGUCAGGGAACACAUCCUUGACGGGAAAAUCAUCGACCCAAAACGCGCGAUACCGCGCACAGAACACCAGCGAGCUACCAAGCUCUUCAUCGGUGGACUCGCCGGGAGUGUCACCUCUGAGUCCAUGCGAGAGUUUUUCUCUCAAUUCGGCAAGGUCACCGACUCGACCGUCAUGUUAGACCGUGAGACUGGCCGAAGCAAAGGCUUUGGUUUUAUAUCCUUGGAGGAUGUCGACGUGACGCCCAUACUUGGUUUUGGGAACCUCGAGAUAGAUGGCAAGCUGAUCGACGUAAAGUUGGCUCAGCCCAGAUUCCAGAGGGAAGAUGGCGGAGCUGGCGGUGCGAACGCUGGACGAGGCGCCGGAUUCGCGGGCGGCGCAGGCUUCAACAACGCCGGUGGCAACUUUGCGAACGCAGGCAGUCCAGCGCCAGCCGCGACCGGGACGACCAACACGCCGUUCGAUCCUCAGGCUCUGGCCGCGCUUUACACGCGCAUGUUCCAGGUGAGCGGGGGGAUGAACAUGGGCAUGGGCGGCAUGGGCGGUAUGGGCAUGGGCAUGGGCGGCAUGGGUAUGGGCAUGGGUGGCAUGGGCGGUAUGGGGAAUAUGGCUGGUAUGGCUGGCAUGGGCGGCAUGGGAGGAAUGGGUGGUAUGGGGCGGGGGAUGAUGGGGAACAUGGGCAUGGGCAUGGGACGGGGCAUGGGUGCCGGUGCCAUGGGCGGGCAAGGCAUGAUGGGCGGCGCGGCCGGCGGUAUGGUGCCCAACGCACCCAGAGGACCGAGAGGUGGACCCGGUGGUCCAGGAGGUCCUGGGAUGGUCGGUCCGCAAGCUGGAGUUGGACCCCAACGGACUGGACAGAGGGGGCAGCACAACUACCACCCGUAUGCUCGGUGAACAGGCUCGCCCUCGUAUUUGUUGUAUACCGAACGUUCAUGCCCCUCUUCGUACUUAUAUCUCGCGACAUUGUGAAGUAUCAUACAACUGCCC